AUGUCUUCUUUCUUUAGUAAAUCCACACCUCCAAAGGUGGAAGACCAUCCUGCCCAUAGGACGUCCGAUGACCAAUCACAGUCCAAGGGAAACUCCAAGCCCUCUAGUGAGAAGGAAAGUACUUUGGUCGAUGAGCCCUUCAGAAACACCGCGGGCGGCCUCGAUACCGACAAGGAGGCUGCGAAUGAUGGCAAUCACAAUCGCACCGGGAGCGGCAACUUGCCUGAAGCGGUACCCAAUGAGGAUUCCAACAAGGAACCAGUAACCCGCGGCGCGGAGGAGAAGGAAGUUUCAAAUCCGGAAGAGAACAACGAGAGCGAUGCCUCUAAUGCAGACCCCAAAGAGGCCAGCGAUAUAGAAUAUCCUACGGGGUGGAGACUCUUGCUCAUCACCAUUGCGUUAUGUCUCUGCGUGUUCUGCGUGGCACUAGACAAUACAAUUAUCGCAACAGCCAUUCCCAAGAUCACCGACCAGUUCAACUCCCUCGGCGACGUGGGUUGGUACGGUAGUUCUUAUCUGUUGACCACCUGCGCCGUGACUUUGAUGUUUGGCAAAUUCUACACUUUCUAUUCGAUCAAAUGGAUCUACCUAUUCGCUCUCUCUAUCUUCGAAAUUGGAUCUCUGAUCUGCGCCACGACCCCGACUUCCGUCGGACUGAUCUGUGGCCGUGCCAUUGCAGGCCUGGGAGCAGCCGGUCUGUUCUCCGGCUCCAUCCUCAUCAUCCACCAGAGUGUGCCGCUCGUCAAGCGGCCCCUGUAUACUGGCCUUGUCGGCUCCAUGUUUGGUAUUGCUAGUGUCGCCGGUCCACUCAUGGGAGGUGCUUUCACCGAUAAACUCACCUGGCGCUGGUGUUUCUACAUUAACCUGCCUAUUGGCGCAGUGACGUUCCUUUUCAUUCUGUUCUUCUUCAAGGCCCCCAAGGCUUUCAUCAGUCAGAACACGAGGACCUGGAAAGAGCAACUUGCCGAGUUCGAUAUCCUGGGCUCCCUGUUCUUCCUCCCUGCCAUCAUCAGUCUUUUGCUAGCCUUGCAAUGGGGCGGUACCACGUACGCAUGGGGUAGCGCACGAAUCAUCGCACUCUUCGUCGUCUUCGGUGUGCUGAUUAUCAUCUUCAUCGGUCUUCAAUGGUGGGGUCAGGACCGGGCCACCGUUCCUCCCCGUCUGAUCAAGAACCGUAACAUCUGGGGUACAGCAUGGUACUCGCUGGCCAUCGGUGCCGCGUACUUCGUCAUGAUCUACUAUCUUCCAAUUUGGUUCCAAUCUAUCAAGGGCGCCUCCCCCAUCAAGUCCGGUAUCAUGAACCUGCCCCUGAUCAUCUCCGUCGUGGUUAUCGGCAUCCUAGCCGGCGGUCUCGUCACUGCCUGUGGCUACUACACCCCCUUUAUGAUCGCCUCUUCUAUCAUCAUGACCAUCGGCGCAGGACUCCUGUCCACACUCGAGGUCGACUCCGGCCACGCCAAGUGGAUCGGCUACCAGGUCGUGUUCGGUGUCGGUCUGGGUAUGGGCAUGCAAAUGCCAAUGAUCGUCACACAGACGGCACUCAAGACCGAGGACGUGCCCAGCGGCACCGCCAUCGUGAUGUUUUCCCAGACCCUGGGUGGUGCCAUCUUCGUUUCCGUUGCCCAGAACGUCUUCCAGAACCAACUCUUGCACAACAUUCAGACGUAUGCCCCUGGUGCCAAUGCAGCUAUGAUUGUUGGAACCGGUGCCACCAUGUUGCGCUCCAUCCUCGCCGGUCCUGCCCUGAAAGCCGUCCUGCACGCAUACAAUGACGCCGUUACACAAACCUUUUACGUCGCCGUUGCCAUGGGCGCUCUGUCGCUGAUCGGCCCCAUCUUCAUCGAGUGGCUCUCCGUCAAGGGGAAGAAGCUGGACGUGGCUCCGGCGUAA